GUUUCAGUCAUGGCAACCACCGAACAACUGGCUAAUACCACGCAAAAAGAGCCUGUUAUUGAUUUAGAUCAAGAUAGCAACAUGGAAAUUGCUCAUAAAAUACAAAACCAAACAAAAAGACUCCCAAUUUCCGAACCGGCAAAUAAAAAUAAAAAUGUCACAAGCAAGCAGAAUAAAGAAACAAAUAGAAAAACAUUUGAAAAAUCAAAAAGAAUGGCAACGUCAACGAUUCAAGAUCGUGUUUUGAGGACUCAAAAAACUCGAAAAGACAAAGAAAGCACUACUGAAAAAGUCAAUGCAAUACUUAAAAAAUCGGCGAAACAAAUUAAAGUCCGAGAAGAGGAAGAAGGAGAUGAUGAUUUGGAAGACGAGUUGACAUUGUACCCAUCUAAAAGAAAAAUGAUGGUAGGGUCAAAAAAUCGAAAAAGGACUAUAAAGCCAAAUCGGGAUACUAUCGCAGAAGAGCAAGAAACUGACGGAGAACACGGAGUAAAGCAAAGAGCAUUUGAUCCAAAGCAAAGACAUCGUCAAUGUCCAGAAUGUCUACUUCUUUUCUCAACUCCGGACAAACUGAAGCGUCAUAUGAAAUCGCAUGGAGACGUUCCAGAUGUAUACUGCUCACUUUGUAACACUCCUAUUAAGUUUAAGUAUAAUUUGAGAGUGCACCUAGAGAAGUGUUAUGAUAAAAUGAAACUCAGUCUACAUGAUAGUAUGCUCUCAAAGGUGUAUCCUGAUUUCGUGCGAAAACUUCAAGAAGCUGCAAAAAAUCCCGUUCUCCCAAUGCCAACUUUAGAAGGAAUGCCAUACGAAUUCACUUUAAAAGGAGUUGUUGGAUUCGAUACGUCUUUGGAUAUCACUAAGGAUUUAAUGUUAGCAAAAUAUGAGCAAAAGAAACAAAGAGAGUUAGCAGGAAUUGAUUCGGACGAUUCGGACGAAUUGGACUAUUUUGAUGAUUUCCCAGAUGAAUGAGAUUUUCCACGAUAACGAUUGCACGAAUUGAAAUUAAUUUAUUGAAAACUAUACAACUUCCGCGAUCUCUCACAAAAUUUGCGGCUAUUAUAUUUGUUCACUGUAAUUUGUAUUAAUGUACAUUUCAUUCCAUGAUGAAUAAAUUGUUCAAAAUAAGUUUA